UUCGACUAUUUCAAAUUCUCCGUGGGGAAAAGCUUCGUCCUCAUGGCCACACUGUACACCGUUCUCCUACUCCUGACGCACGGUGUAUGCGUUCAAACCAUUCAAGCGACCACUCUGAAAGAUCUCGAGGGAAGCUGGCAGUCCUACUGCAACGCCCAGCAGUACGAGCACCUGUGCAGUUUCGACCACGCCGCGGAGACGGCCAAGUACGAAGCGGCGUUCGUGAUGGCCUACAUGGGCAUCGUGGGCCUCGUCCUUUACGUCUUCCUCAUGGUCUACUUCUACCGCCAGGACCUCCGCGCGGAAAUCACCGACAAGCGCAAGACGACCACCACCACCUCAUCCUCGGAGAGGUACAGGGCGGACGACGCUCCGGACACCGAGAUGGGAGGAGCGGGAGGAGGAGGUUCGCCGCCCCGCAGCGCCUACGACAACAGCGCUUACGAAGACGAGGCGCCGGCGCGCGCGCCCGCGUCCCCGCGCUUCGAGUCCGCGUACGCCGACAGUCCGGACUCGCCGCCGCCGCCCGCGCGGGUGGAGAACCCGUUCGAUAAGCCGGCCGGCGGCGGCGGCGGCGCCGGAGCCUCGCCCGUCGCGAAGAAUCCUUUCGAGUGACGGCGACGACGCUCGCGCCUUCUCAGGUGGUAUUGCAACCUUCUAGCGGGUAUGUAUAAUAGAGUUAAGUUAAUGUACACCGUCUC